AUGUCAAAACCCUUGGAUAGAUUCGUGGAAAUAGAGGUUUCUACUGCUCCUGCUCCUCGUUCGUCUGACAGCAUGAUUGACAUGGUUCUACAGCCCAACCAGACAAUGAUUGUGCUCUGCGGGGCGAUGCACGAAUUCAUCGCAGCAGUAACAAUAGCCAAGAGAGCUGCUGGCUUGGUGACUGUCAUUCCCGUCUGCGACUCCCCGAAGAUCCUGCUCGUCCUUGCAAUCCAUCAGUCGAAGCCGAAGAUUUGGCGAUCAGUCCCAGUCGACUGCAGCCAGUUCAUUACCAGGAUCAACAUGAUGUGGUGGCUGUCCCCGAUCAAUCGCCGCCUAGCAGAAGUCGCGGAUAUCAACAUGCGUCUGGGCAUUAAAGAGGCAUUCUCGAAAGGGCUUGGGAAGCUGCACUUCGCUGUGGAAGGAUUGGAGAAGCUAUGUUUGGGAGAGGGGAAGGUGGUUGUGCAAGGGCUGAAGUCUGGGCUCGAGGGGUUUCACUUGAAAAUAUCCUCCGCUCAUCCUUUUCCUCUUCUUCUUCCUCCUCCUCCUCCUACUACUAAUACUUCUUCCUCUCCUCCCACUCUCGCUCCUCCUGAUCUUCCUCCUCCUGAUCUUCCUCCUCCUGAUCUUCCUCCUCGCCCCACUGCUAAAACUACUUCUCGUUCCCCCCCCGCUCUUCCACCUCGCCCACCAAACCACGCUUGGGUCCCUUUCGAUGACGACGAUGACGACGAGGACAGCGAGGACGAUGAGGACGACGACGAUGACGACUACGAGCUGCUUAUGAAGGCAAACACCAAUUCCCAUCCCUUCCGUGGCAUUCCAGACGUUCGACGAACCUGCGCCGACAACCGGUUCUGCUGCAAGCACCGAUGCAUAGUCACGACGAUCACACCGGAGGGGCAAGUAUUCCACUUUCCCUGCUCCGAACCGCUGGUGCCUCCGAAGCUGUCUGGGUACAGACCCGCGCUCUGGCAGAGAUACCGCCCGAAAGUUCCGUCAAGGCUCGCAAUGCAGGUGUGAUUGAUGCAUCAACCCUCCGUUUUAUCGUAACCGCGUACCGAGGCACACCAGUUUGUGGUGGUGGCUGUGAGUGAGAAAUGCAUGCGGACAGCCGCGAUAUGCACCGGCGCGGUUUCCGAUCCGGAGGGCGUGAGGAUUCGAGAAGCGGAUCGCAGUUACCAGCAUCUUGGUGGAUGUUAGAUGCGAGAUCGAGUGGGAUGUGAUGUGGUAUGGUGGGAUGGGAUGAUAGGAAUGGAAGUGGAGGCACGAAUUGGGGCUAUGCGUAUGUGUCGGAGCUUGAAAGAGUAUCUCUAGUGCAAGUGUGUUCUUUGUGGAUGUGAUCAUGGAAGAAUUCCAACUGCGGCAAGAGUGGAGUGUUGUGCACCCGGCGAAAGAGAUGGCGGAAAGAGAAUAUCGGAG